AGUUGGAAUUUGGAAGGAAGAAAGAAAAAGGAGAACCCUUUUCAUAUUUCGGGCACUUGCUUUUCUCUCUCUAAAAAUAAUAAAAAGACGCAAAAGGAUCCCCAAUUUUCUCGACUUUGAAUCCGAAAUAAAGCGAAAACAAAAGAAACGGGAAUCAAUCAACUGAUCUUUUCUUCCCAAUCUGUCAUCGGAACAUCAAUGAAUAGAAUAUAGGUUGGUUUCAGUAAGUUAUUUCCAAUUCUUCGAUUUCUCCUCUUCCAUCUGGCGGUCUUCCGGCUUGAAUUGGUGGUAAUUUAGUAAAAAUCGAGUGUUUUGGGAUUGCUGAUGGAAUGAGGGAUCGAUCGUUGCUAGCUGGUAGUGUUUUUGGUGAAAUUGGUUGAAUGCUGUUUCGAGGGGAAGAAAUUUGAAGACUUCUUUUCUUUCCUUUUUUUUUUUCACGAUUUCCCCCCUUUUCUCUUGAGGGGAUUGUGGUGAUUUAAUCGUUUUAGUUAGUAGAUUGCCUAAGGGUUUUAGUUCGUUACCGAUGCCGGAUAAUUGGCAAGCUCAGAACAAUGGUGUGUCUACUUCUUUUAAUAAUGCCUCGGCGGAUAACCUUGAAGACAGCAUGUGGCGCUUGAAAAUUCAGCCUCAUGAUAAUCAAGAGGGUGUUGCUGCCAACUCCAGUCCGUACCCAGAUCGCCCAGGUGAACCUGAUUGCAUAUAUUAUUUAAGGACAGGGUUAUGUGGUUAUGGAAGCAAUUGCCGUUUUAAUCAUCCUGCUUAUGCUGGACGGGCUGUUCAAUACAGAGGUGAACUACCAGAAAGAGUUGGACAACCUGAUUGCCAGUAUUUCCUAAAGACAGGAACUUGCAAAUUUGGAGCAACAUGUAAAUAUCAUCAUCCACGAGACCGGCAUGAUACAGCACAUGUUCUGCUAAACAUUUUAGGUCUGCCUAUGCGUCAGGAAGAAAAAUCUUGCCCAUAUUACAUGCGAACUGGGUCUUGUAAGUUUGGAAUGGCUUGCAAGUUCCAUCAUCCUCAGCCUGCAACACUUGGACUUGUAUCGCCUAUAACCGGACCCACUGCCUAUGGAUCUACAGGCUCAUCAGUAGCUCCUCCAUCUGGUGUACCCUAUAUAAGUGGAAUUCCAGCUUGGUCUUUACCGAGAGCACCAUAUAUUUCUAGUCCCCGCAUGCAAGGUCCCCAGGCCUACAUGCCUGUUGUUCUUUCACCUUCCCAGGGCAUCAUACCUGCACAACAGGGGUGGAACACUUAUACGGGCACCUUGAGCCCCAUUUCUUCUACCAGUGUUCUUGGAUCCAAUAUUGCCUACAACUCCAAACCACAGGGUGAGUCAGGUUCAAGUGGACAGGUCCAAUUGUUGUCAACAUCUGUUCCACAUUUUCCCGAGAGGCCCGACCAACCAGAAUGCCAGUAUUACAUGAAGACAGGAAGCUGCAAAUUUGGGCCCACUUGCAAGUACCAUCAUCCAAAAGAGAGAAUUGCUCCCCUUGCUACAAGCACUCUUGGUCCGCUUGGUCUCCCCUUGAGACCUGGCCAGGCUGUAUGUACAUUCUACACUUUGUAUGGGAUCUGCAAAUAUGGUCCAACUUGCAAAUAUGAUCACCCAUUGGGAGCAUAUUUUAGUUACAGCAUGAGUCUACCUGCUCUGUCUAUGCCAGAUCCAACUCUUUUCCCUUAUCAGAGAAACUCACCAAUGGCCCGCUCAGCAGAAACUUCUCCUUCUAAGUCAUCAAGGUUGCCUGACAGGAAGCCCGAGGUUUCCACUACCAAGCAUCAGAACCCAGAUACAAAGCCUCCGGAAAGUCCACCACAACAAGCAACUCCAACCCAGACUUCACCUACUUCAGAACUUCCACAUGAUCAAUCCGAUUAAAGCUUUUCUUGUUGAUCUUUGUUUUGUUUUUUUGUUUUUUUUUUUUUUUAAAUUUUUGUGCGUAGAUCAUUUCAAGGAAAAAUUUCGCAUGUGUGCCUCGCUUUCCCCCUUUUCACCUGCGAUUCUGUGGAGUGGGUAGGCUACAAAAUUCACAUGGUGGGUGAAGGCAAGAGGCAUGGAAGGCUUUUCUUUUUUGUGGUGAAUAAAAUGCAGGUGAAAAUGUAUGUUUUCUUCUUUAAUUUCUUUCUUUUUUCCACAGAUGAUAUUUAUUUGUCUCCAUAGAGUUUUUUAGUUGUUUGAUAUGAUGGAUGGUACGAAGGAUGAGGAAGUUUGGCAUGUUCAUUAGUGCCACCUUUUUCUUUCAUUGUUUUAAACUUUUACGUGAACUAGUCAAUUUGGUAGCAAUGUUUGUCCAACUCGGCAUGAUUGA